GCGCCAGCGCGCGACCACACCACGGGAGAGCGAGGGAGGUACCUAGGGAGAAAGAAGGUCGACUGCGGGAGCUGGCGAGCGAGAUGGUGGGUGGCGCCGGCAGUGGGCGAAGCGGGGCGGCGACGAGGCGGUACAGCAGGUCCAAGUUGCCCAGGAUGCGGUGGACCAGUGAGCUGCACCACAGCUUCGUCCGAGCCGUCGACUGCCUCGGUGGGCCGGACAAAGCUACUCCUAAGCUCAUUCUUCAGCUCAUGGAUGUUAGAGAGCUUACCAUUGCUCAUGUGAAGAGCCACCUCCAGAUGUACAGAAGUUCAGGGCAUAACACUGGAAAGAAAGAGAAGAUGCAACCACAGCUAGUACAACAUCUGAAGCACUCAUUCACCGUUGAUGAUGGAGGCCCCAAAGUGUUCAUGUGCCCACCCAUGAAAAGGGCAAAGGCAAGGACAGAAGCUGCAGCCACACAGGAAAGCAUGCAGGGGAACAGUGACAUCGGAGCUCAUGGAACCCAGCACUACGGCGAUGAUUACAUGCAAGCGAUGUCCAUGGGCAGGAGCAGGAGGAACGAGGGCCUCCGAUGGCAGAGGGAUGCUGCCGCUGCUUCUACCCUGCAAGCAUUGGGAUUUUGGGUGCGAGGAUGUGAGCCCUUCAAGAUUAGGAGGCCCAUAGCGAAUCAUCUCAGUCCUGUGGUGAGGCAGCUAUGUCCCAAGGCUGUCAACUUUGAAAAUAGACGCUUCCUGUUCAGCAGUACAACUAGAGAUGAACCGGCCAAGAGACGUUCACCGUCGCCAUUGCCAGCCGGCCUUGACCCGAAAGCUGUGGCCACUGCCUCCUCCUGGCCCAGUGAAGGCAGCGGCGUCCUCUCGCCGCCGUCGUCGACGAGCUUCAGUGGAUGCUCGGGGCUGUCAGGCGGCUGCUUUGCCGGACAGAGAGUUAACCUGGACCUUUCCCUGUCAAUAUGCGGGUCAUGAGUUAAUCAUGGUGCUGAGUUUUGUAAAUCAUUAUCACCCAUGAUGCAUGCUAUUUGUAAUUUGUAUUUGUUUCUGGUGGAUUCCCCUCACAUCAUGCUACAAAUUGAGCACUAAUGAGUUCUCUCAAACAUCAUUUCCUUUGCCUCCGUUGUUUGUUACCUCCGUUGCUUGUUAGAUCCUGUCAAAAGCAACUGUCGGCUGCAAAUGACCAGCAAAUGGAAACAUGGAAAUAUUGUGGAACAUGUUUAAGACAGAUCUUCCCACAAACUUAGGACAAUUUCAGUGAUCCACGAUGCAGAUCAAAUGAGGUGCCCUAUGAGGAUUGAGGAAUGCGCCGCUGCUGUCAGCCUGCCCUUACUGUUGCUCCCAUCCUGCCACUUACUUUGACAGCACCUGUACC